GACAGAUUCAUCAUUUCAGUCCUAGAUUUGUAUAUCAUACGGCAGUUUCCCCUUCUCCUAGAUGUGAUUCCAUAGCUGCCCAAGAUCAAGAUCAAGAUGCCUCGCCCGACGCUGACCUAUCCCAAGACCGCUGCCAACAAAGUGAUCCGUUACGCCAGCAAUGCUGCCUACGAAACCACAACGAUUCACAGCAUCGUUGCCAGUGUCCCAGUGGUGCACGUCUCCUCCGUAGCACCGGGGGACCCGCCGCUCCCCACAAUCCUCCCCAUGAUCGGCGCUCUCGGGUCGUUCGAGAACCCCUCCGCCGGCCUCGACGAGGCCCUGGACCUCUACAUUCACGGCUACGUCAGCGCGCGGCUGUUCCGCGGGCGGGAGGCGGCGGGGUUUCCCGUGUGCGUUGCCGCCACUAUCGUGGAUGGGCUCGUACUCGCACUCACCCCCUACAGCCACAGCUACAACUACCGGUCCGCGGUUCUCCACGGGACCGCCACGCCAGUGACCGACAGCGAGGAGAAGCUGUACGCCAUGAAGCUGGUGACGGAGCACGUGCUGCCGGGGCGGUGGGCGGGGUCCCGCGUGCCGCCGCUGAAGGCCGAGCUCGACUCCACCGGUAUCUUAAAAGUGAAGAUCACCUCGGCGAGUGCGAAGGUGCGCACCGGACCGCCGAAUGAUGCGAAGGCAGAUUUGGAAGACGGUGACGUCACCAAGAGGGUCUGGACUGGGGUCGUGCCCACUUGGACCGCGUAUGGAGAGCCCGUGCCUACUGGGACGGUGGACAGAGUGCCGGAGUAUGUGCGCGAUGCUGCGGAGGGGAGGACGAAGGCAGGAAAGAAGACGGCGGAGGAGGCAGUUUUGAAAGCGCCUGCGAAGGUGUAGAAUGGGGAAUGGCAGAACGUUCUGUGUUGCGGUUUUUCUUUAUGUUGGUGGGCGUAGCAUGUCACUUCUACCGUAUCAAGCUAGAAUCACGAGCGAUACAUACAAUCGGCGUAUGUCGUUACCCAAUUGCGUUUCCCUCAUCUGUGUGGUGCUGCAGCAGCCUGGUAGAGCGAGUCGG